AUGGUUUUUCCAAUUAUUCUGUUUAGGCCACAAACUCUAACAAACAUCCAUCUAAACUUUCGCAUUUAUAAUAUUAGUAAGAUUAUUAUCAUUGAAUGCUUAGUAACAAUCAUUGAUGUCACCAGGUUGAUUGCUGUGUUGGAUCAGGUUGAGAUGCGAGUGGAGAGGCUGCGGAGGGACACGGUGCGCAUUGAGGAGGAGCGGGACUCCCUGCUAUCAACAUUAGACAGUGUUAAGCACUCGGAACUACUGAGUGAUAUCUCGGAAUGUGAUAAAGAAGAUAUAACAAGGUACGCGGACAGAAUCCUCGCGCGCGCUAUGACUGUGGAGGUGGCAGUGAGGACUGACCGAGACCCGCAGCAAGAGGAGGCCCUGCAUCAGGUGAACCUCUACAUCGACCAGCUGGUGAUGUCAGUGCACGAGGACGCCGUCAUCGCGCAAACGCGCUGCCAAACAUACAUGAACGCGUGCACCUCGCAGCCAGAUUCCGGUUCCGGUACCGACAAGAACUUCGAGUCUGCCAUCCUUGGCUGUACGCUUGAUGACCAGAAGCGCGUCAAGAAGCGUCUGCAAGGACUCCUCGAUUACUUCGCGAAGCUCAACGUUACCACGUGUUCGUGAAUUAAUAACAGCUGUUACUGAACGCAUGUCGCUUUGCGUGUGUUUGGACAAUAAAGUGAGUCCGUGUCAUUCGUGCUUACGUGGCUUACGUUCGUAGCUUUACGUACGUAUCUUUCGUGCGUAGCUUACGUACGCAGCUUUCGUGCGUAGCUUACGUACGUGACUUAUGUGCGUAACCUACGUGCGUCUUUGCGAGCACGUACAAAUUCCGUAUGUAAAUUUCGCUAUAUCAUUAUUUAUUUUUUAUGUUUUUCCGACGAUCGUGUUUUCGGUGUAGAAGUUUCUGUGAUGGUUUUGUCUAUUAUUUGUUUGAUUUUUAAUUUUAAGGAAUUGAUAUAAAAGUAAUUUUAGGAUUUCUCCAUAAUUUCAAAAUUAAUCAAUUUUUAAAGGUACAUGAUAUGUUGUAAAGACCAAAUUUUAUUUCUCUAUGUUUUAUUUUCUAAGAACUCAGUUAAAAUGGCGUCAAAACCGAAAUCGGACUUUAAAAAUUUCUACACCAAAGGCAGAUCGUCAACUUUGACACAGCAUUUCAAAUAAACAUUACAUUAAAUUUCAAAACAAUAAGUUUAUUACUUGCUUCGUUAGCAAAAGACAUGUAAAUAUAAAUACCCAGUUAAUUUUUUAAAUGAAAGUUUUCUAACAAAAUUAUUAGAGAAAAGCUAAGAGCUGGAUCCUCUAUAAACGCUUGUGAAACAUAAUUUACUUAAAUAUAUCAUAACUGUCUUCGUAAAUAUAUAUUUAGUAUUUAGAAAAGUGUAACUUUUAAACGAUUCCUUAGUGAUAGAGUAAAAAUUUUAAUUUUUAUAAUUAUAUCCGGAUCAGACAAUUUUACGUGAAUAUUGUUUCAAAUGUCUACGAGUACUGUGUAUGCACUUUUAAGACGCACGUACAGAAAUAUUGCCAUCUCUUUCAUUCUUCUUGAAAAGAAAGAGAUAACCAUAUGUUUUAAGUGUUCUGGGAAUGAAAAUUCACAGUAGAGAGGAUUGAUAAAUCUUGUGAUGCGUUUAAAAUGCUCAAUUGAAAGGGACUUUGUCUAUUAGUAUACAUGAAAAAUAUUGAAUAUAAACAAUUCAAUUAUUUACGAAUUAAAAGUAUUUAAAAAUUUAUUUGAAAAUUUUUUGCAACAUUAAAAAAUAUUGCAUUUAAGUCGUUACCAACCAAAAUUGGAUAAAGUUUAUAUUUUAAAUCAUAUGUUACCAUAAUUAUCGAUUUAAUGUAGAGCAAGCCUUGUAUUAAUCUAAGAUAAAUUUACUGAUUUAUUAAAAAAUUACCACUGCUUGUGUUUAACAUAAAGAAGAAUCACAAAAAUCUCGCUUAAGCACGCGUCAGAUUACGCGAUUGUAACACUGCCACACUUAGACACAAAAUGGCUUCCGAUUCCCUUACAGCAGAGUAUAACAAACUUAUUUCUUUUACCGCCCCCCUUUAAAAAUCAAUGAUUUUUAAGCGCCCCACAUUUUUAUACAAUUUUAGUAAAAUUUAAAAUGCUAUAUAAAAUAAUUGAAAUUACAAAUUAUACAUUGCCCCCCCACACCAACUCCCUCCAUUUUGUCUGGGGCCGUACAACGCCCCCCCAGGUUUCAAACGCCCCAAGAGGGCGUUAUCGUCCACUUUGAGAAAUUACAAAAGCCGUACAGCCCUACAAAUAAACGCGGUAUCCGGUAAUUUGUCAAUCACACUGGAUUCCAUCUAUCUAGUUAGCUGCUAUUCCACAUUUUUAUCUUGUAUUUUAUACUAUCAAUUGUCUUCAACCUUGACGUUGGCGAAAUCAUCGUAAUAACGAUGGGGUCCACUAUUCAUUAAAAGAAGAAAUGCGAAAAAGUUAAACAUAGGAAUGAACCGAGUAUACGCAAAUUUUUUACUAAUAUUUGCUUAUACUCAGUUUAUUGCUAAGUUUAACUUUUUACCGUGUUUAUUUGUAAGGCUGUUAGUGUUUUAGGGAAGUAUACACUAAGGGUCACAAGCGUUGAGCUAAUAUAGGGAGGGCUGUCAUUAAUAUUGUCUUAUUUAACUAGUUUUAUAACUAGGAGGGAGCUGCUGCCCUCCCUCGUGACGCUCCUAAUGCUCCUGAGGGGUUAACAUUUAAUGACUCUGAGUGUGGUAGUGAGAUGUUAUGUAUACCUUCAACUCGAUACCAAAUUAUAUGUUUUUGUUAAGUGUCUUAAUUUGACUAUUUUAAUAAAUUUUCUACAUUUAAAUGUAC